GGUUCCUGAAGGCAGUGAAGAUCAAGCAUGUUUAAUAAGAGCUGAAUGAACAAGUGAUCCAACAGGUUUGCCAUUUGUGUUUGCUGAUCAUUUGUCAGGUGAUCACUGUCAACUAUGUAGGAAUAUGGAUAUGCUCCCGUCAUAGUUUAUUUACAAAAUGGAACUAAAGGUGGAAAACUAAAGCUUGAAAAGGGUUGUACAUGGCAGAACGACAAUAUGGUGUUUAUGGCUUUGAGUUUUCGACUGCUAUUCUCUGAGCAAGUUGAGUAUAGUAUCUUGGCCAUAUCAGCUGUGGUUUUCCUUGCAGCCCUUGGCUUUUUGAUAUGGCAAAUUUACCGCUACUGUACACAGUUUCGCGUUUUGCAAAGAGCUGAUGGCCAGCCAGCUAAAAGAGGAGGUUUUCAGAAUGGUAAACAAGCUAUGAAUAAGGUUCAAUAUGAGGAACUGAGCCACAGACUGUCGCCCGGCUCAUCCUGCACUAACCUGGGCAGCAAUUUAGACCUGGCAAGCUUGGAGGAUCUGGAGGAGGAGCACAUCCAGGGAUCUCUGCGAUUUUCACUGUUCUACGAUCAGCUGCAGUCCAAAAUGGUGGUGACAGUACUGGAUGCCCAGGAUCUGGCCGUACGAGACUUCAGUCACAGUGUGGACCCUUUUGUCUGGGUGCGUUUAAUGUGGGCAGAGAGAGAAGAUAAAGAGAAGAACUCAAUGCGGUGUUUGCUGCACGAAUGGCAGACGCGUAUUGUUAAAAACAGCUGCUGUCCUGUGUUUGGAGAUCAGUUCUCUUGCAUUUUAGCUGAGGAUGAAGUAUCAAGGGUCACUGUUAGAUUUGAGGUUAGGGAUUUUGAUAAAUACUCAAGACAUGGAGUUCUGGGAGAGGCCCGUGCUUCUCUGAACACAUUGAAGAUCUCUUAUCCUCUGGAGUUAAGACAAGAUCUGCAAGUACCCAGAAAAGUGAGUUUUAUCCCAGUGUAGGACAUUUAAAAAUGAUGAGAUGAUAAGCAGUAUACGGUACAUAUUCUGUGCAGGAUAUAGUUGGCGAGGCCCUUCUCUCUCUUAAAUACAUGCCUACAUCUCAGAGGCUGGAAGUGGGAGUGUUGAAGAUCCACACAGUCUGCUAUCAUAAUAAGACUGAAAGAGCUCUCUACGCCAGAACUAUUGUGACCUGCAACCAGAGCAGACUUCGCCAUCAGAGGACAACUCAGAAGAAACGCAGGGAGGUCACUGUGUUUAAUGAGGUGAUGACCUUUGUGUUGCCAGAUCAACAAAUUAAAGAGUGCUCCAUAGAGGUGUCUGUUUACGAGAUUCAGCCUUCAAAGAAGUCCUCCAAGAACCUGAUUGGCCACAUCCAAGUAAAAAAGAACAAAACAGGUGAAAAUGAGCACUGGAAGCAGAUGAUGCAAUCAUUAAGGCAACCAGUGGCAAAUUGGCAUUUAAUCUACAUCUGAUGUACCUUAUUGACGCUUUCCAUUUCCCGAGGUGGAAGGUCGUACUUCCGACUUUUGUUUGCGUUUUCAGGUUGGUUGGACUGAGGAAACAACAUAUCAAGAAUAAAUGGUGCUGAGCUUUUUUUGUUUUUGUUUUUUUUUUUGUAUGCAAGUUUUAACAGCUCUUGGUUUCCUGGACUCAAAAGAUCUCACGUACACUCUCUAAUAUUUAUUUUUAACAACAAAUAUUACAGAGAUGAAACAUGUAUAUUUGUAACACGAUAAUGACAACGAUGAUGAUUGCAAUUAAACCACAUCAUAAUAAUGAAUUGUGCUUGAUAUUACAGUAUAUUCUGUGGUGGAAAUGACAAGUUAUAAAAAAUAAAUUUGCAAUAGUGAUAGCGUCUUGCAAAGGUUUUAAAACUGACAGUUCAUGCAUGUAAAAAUGUAUACUUUCACUAUGU